AUGGCGUCGGUAGACGGGUUUCAGAUCCCUUCGGACGAUGACUACGACGCUCUAUACCAGAUAUUCAACCAGUAUUGCUGGUUCGUGCUCGACCUGAUCAUUCUUUUCGUAGCAACAAAGAUAAGGAUCCUCGGCACGGCGCGCGAGGUGGACGAGAUGGACAACAUCAAGUUCGUGCGGUUCUGUCGCGACCUGGGGAUCAUCGCGCACGGGGGGGGCGGCGCGGGGCUGCACGUCACGGACGUCGACCUGCUCUUCGUCACCAUCAAGCCGCGCGGCCGCAAGAAGCUGACGUUCGACAACUUCUGCGACGCCGUGGCCGUCAUGGCCGACAAGCUGGGCGUCACCUCCACCGACCUCAUCCGCCAGGCUAUCGCCAUGGACCUGCCGCAGCCCGCGCUGACGUCCGCGACGCGCCACUCCAUGACGCUCUCCCACCACGUCUCCUCGUCGCUCCUCGCGUCGCACCAAACCCUCUCCUCCGCGCAUUCGCGCCGCCUCUCCCUCCCUCACCCCGCCGCCGGGCACGCUGCUUCCGCGCACGGUGCGUCCGCGCACGCUGCGCCCGCCUCCCCCGCCGCCCUCGCGCCCCUCGCCGCCCACACGUCCUAUUCGCUCAGGGAGGGCCGGGGCGGACGACCCGCUGCUGGUGGCGCUAGUGGUUCCGCUGGGGGGUUCGGGGGAGGGGGGGGUGGCGCGGGGGACAUAGUGCCGCCAGGCGACGAGUUCCCCCCGAGGCUGAGGCUCAUCCGCACGCGGUUGCUAGAGGCGGAGGAGCACGCUCGCAGUGCUUCUGCCGGCUUCGGGGUGUCCCAUGCCACGGGCGCGCGGGUGGCAGGAGGACACGUGGCGGAAGGAGAGGCGUGCCGCCCAGAGCCGCUGAGCGAGCUGAGGUCAUCACUGUCGGAUCACAACUCGCAUGAAGGCAGGGCGAUGGGCGGGGCGGAGAAGGGCGGCAAGGGGACGGAGGGAGGGCAGCAGGCGGGGAGGGGUGCAGGCGAGCGGAAUGAGAACGCGCAAGGGGGGGAGCUGUAUGCGCAGAGGCAAGCAGCAGGAGGCAGGGAUAAUGAGACACUGGGGCACUUGCACGGUGGGGAAGAGGUGGUUGCGAGAGGAGGGUAUGCGCAGGGGAUUGCUAAUGAUAACGAUGGGGACAGCAUUGGCGUGGGCUGGACAGAUGGUGCCAUGGGACGAGCGAUGGUGUCCGCUGUAGCAGCAGCAGCAGAGGAUUUGAGGCAGGGCCGCGGGGGUCAGGCAGGAGGGGGAGCAGGCAGAGGCGCGCAACAGUAUGAUGAUGAUGGAAACAGCAGCACGGGUGGGCGACUAUCUAAUGAGGACCCGGCAGCAGCAGCAGAGGGGGCGGUGGCGAGUCUCAUGUUCUUCGACGCCUUCCGCUUCUUCUCCCUCCCCCACUUCGCCCGCCACCACUUCGUCCCCCUGGCACAGUGCGGCAGGCAUCAGCUGCAGGGGCUGCCACCACCGCGCAUGGACAGCAUUCGCUUCAUCAAGAUGUGCAAGGAGACCGCCAUCCUCGACGCCCGCUUCACCACCACCGUACGCCCCUCAUUUCCCCUCCUGCUCCUCCCGCAUUGCCUGCUUCAUUCUGUGUGCCCCCCCUCGUGUGUUCCCGUAGUGGCUCUCGAACCUACUUCAUUCCCUCUCGCCACACGCAUCCCUGCCUCUUCAUUCUCUCCUCUUGCCCCUCCCUCGCCCCGCCCACGCCCCCACCAGAGUGCGGACAUCAUAUUCAGCAAGCGCUCAGGGCAGGGCAUGUAUGCCCGCCUGCUGCAGCUGCACCAGCAGGGGUUUGUGCAUGAGGUUGGGGGUGAGGUUGGGCAUGGUUAUGGUGGGUGUGAAGUGGUGGGAGGCGGUGAGGGCCAGGGACGGUGUGGGCGGUGGCAGUCGCCGCAGCCCCAGCGGCGGCACUCGAUGUGCGCGAUGAAUGCUUGCUAUGAGCUGCCCCACCACCGCCAGCACAGCACAGCGGUGAGGGAUGAGAGAAGAGAGGAGAGGAGGGAGGAGAGGAGGGAGGAGGGUGAUGUAGUGUACAAUGGGGCAGGCUGGGAGAGGGCAGUGGAGCAGCAGGGCAGUGGGGCGGGGGUCAUGGUGGGGGAGGUGGGGGGCGGGAGGAGGAACAGGCUGGUGGCGGGAGGGAGUCUGGCAUGCCCCACCUUGUCCUACCACUAA